AUUGUUGAAAAAACCCACUGCGUUGAUCGCUGGCUAAUUCGCGAGACGUGGUGCCGGUGUCAUAUUUAAUAGAAAAAUAAGGCUUAUUUUCCUUUUCAUGUUCUAUUCAUGAAACAAUAACAGACUGAACUGGACUGGGCUGUAACAGAAAACAGGAUCGAGCGGAUUUGAGAACCCGGCGAAAUAAUAUAAAAUAGGACUGUAGACAGGCUAGUCCAGUUACUAGCUUGUCAUAGGCAACAAGGGGAAAUUUAGCGGGCAACUCAGCGGCUAGUUAUGUCCUUUCGCCGACAGAAUCCUGGACCCGGCGGCCGCAAAACAUCUAAUGGAACGUCAGGCUCCAUGGCCCCAUCAGUUCCGGGGAGUAACUCUAACAGACCCAUCCCUGGAAGGAACAGAAAUUCUGUGAAGACAUCUUCACCCUCACCACCUGUGUUUGAUGGUGUGUACAACAAUUCCCGAAUGCUACAUUUUCUCACAGCUGUGGUGGGAUCCAGAUGUGAUGUUAUGGUGAAGAAUGGUAGUGUGUAUGAGGGAAUAUUCAAGACUUUAAGCUCCCGUUGUGAACUGGCAGUGGAUGCAGUGCACAAGCUGAACAAUGAGGAUGGGGAUGGAGGUGGUGGCGGUACACCUGCACACCCCAGGCGAGAAGAGAUAACUGACACGAUGAUCUUUGGCCCGAGUGAUCUUGUCACUAUGACCUGUAAGGAUGUGGACCUCAACUACGCUACCCGAGAUAAUUUUACAGACUCUGCGAUCAGCUCAACAAAAAUAAAUGGCGACCACAGAGAGAAGGUCCUCCAGAGGUGGGAUGGAGGUGACAGUAAUGGAGAAAACUUUGAUCUUGAAGCAGACGCGUCUAAUGGUUGGGAUGCCAGUGAGAUGUUUCGCUUUAAUGAGGAGACGUAUGGUGUUAAGUCGACCUAUGAUUCCAGUCUCUCCAUGUACACGGUGCCUCUAGAGCGGGGCAGCUCAGAGGGUUUCAGGCAGCGAGAGGCUCGAGCCGCCCGAUUGGCCAAUGAGAUUGAAUCAAGUUCACAGUAUCGCCACCGGGUGUCGUUAGAGAACGACGAUGGAAAAACUGAAGAAGACAAAUUUAGCGCUGUGGCGCGAGAUAGAGAUGGAGAAAGGGAGAGAGGAAGAGAUAGCCCUGGAUUCUCCAGUGCUGGAAACAGGGAGGGUAAAUACAUUCCUCUACCUCAGCGGGCACGUGAGAGAGAGAUGGGUGGAAGAGGUGAAAGAGGAGGAGCCGUUUCCACCCUGCCCAAUCGAACAAAUAGACCUGGGCCUUCAAGCUCUUCCCCCAGGCCUCUCCCAUCUGGGAGCAGUCAGUCCAUUCAUCCCAGUGAUAGGAGUAGCCCUCUGUCUGUCAGAGGAGGAUACUCUACCUGUAGCCCACCUACACAGCCCCGCCCUAAUGAGCCGGGUCACUCUAGCCCUCCCUCUCCCCACACACUCCCACAUUCGCUCUCGCAGCCGCAAUCUCUUUCUGAUGCUGGCCGGCCUGUCAAUGGAGUGUCAUCCAGAAUGUCACCCAAGUCUCAAAGGCCUGGCCAGAACAACAGAAACCUGCGUAACUCCAACUCUCACUCAUCUCCUACAGUGCCUCGUUCUCCUAAACCAGAUGCUCCUUCCCAGGACCCCCCUUCAGCCGCUUCCCCCUACCCUGGUACAUCAGCUAGCAUGGUGACUCCCAAACCCACUGGCCCUACCCCUCCGUUCCCUGUUAAUGUGAAUGAAAUUCUGUCUAAUGAACGAACGGAGGGUCCUGCUAGUCCCCAGGAAGGAAAACCCAGCAAGGGCCAGCAGAGAUCGCAACACAUGGCGGAGCUUCGCAGGUUUGGUAAAGACUUUAGGCUUCCAUCUAGCUCCAAUCCCAACACUUCAACCAUGCCUGCAGCCUCUGUUCAACAGAACCCCUCCCACAACACUCAAACAGACCCCAUCCCAUCUACAGAAUCAAAACUGGCCCCACCCACAACCCCAGACCUUCUGCUAGAGGAGAGAAGUAGAGAAACUAAUGCAGAGGGGGUGGCAACCACAACUUCUCCACCAGCCAUGGCCAUUUCUGCUCAGCCUGGCCCUGCCAUGCAAAAUUCAACUGCAGACGGCCAAUCGGCUGAGACUCCCCAGCCUGUGAGGACCCCAGGUAGUGAGGAAGGGAAAAUGGAAACAUCCGAGAGAUCAGAGGGCAUGGCUGAUCAAGUGAAGAAGUCUACACUGAACCCCAACGCCAAAGAGUUCAACCCCACCAAGGCCCCUCUUAGCAUGGUGAAGCCAUCUCCCACUCCACCACGGCCUACCCCGCCUAGCCCCACAGUGGUGCUACAGCCUCCACCCGGCCAGGGAACCAUCUACAAUACUCAAUAUCUGACUCAAUACGUCCCGUCCAUCCAAAUGCAGGGUCACUCCGUUCAGCCACCUCAGAUGUAUCAAUAUCCUAUGACAGUCAGUCAAGGAAAAUACCAAAGAACUAAAGGUUCUGUGGGGAACCCUCGUCCAGACCACAGCUCUUCUGCGCCCCCUAUGAUCCAGACUGCACAAUCAGCAGCCGGUCCUCCUCUGGUGGCCUCUCCGUACCCUCCACCUUAUAUGCAGUAUAACCAGGUCAUCCCAACCAUGACCCAUUACCCUGGACAGGUGUAUCCUAUGCUCCAGGGUGGACCAAGGAUGUUGGGUUCAGGAGGGCACCCCCAGGCGCUGGGUCACCCUGGGCCCCAGUAUCCAGGCCAGACUGAAGGACCACCAGGUCCUCAGCAGGGGAUGUAUGCUCCUCAGUCAUUCUCUCAUCACUCUGGUUCAAUGCACCACCCUCAGCCCUCCAGCACCCCCACAGGCAGCCAGCCGCCUCAACACCCAGCUCCCAGUCCAGGACAGUCUGGUCAGUCCGGUCCUCAGCAGCAGUCUCUAUACCACUCCGGGCAACUGUCAGCACAAACACCACCUAACCUACCCCCGGGACACAGCUCCCCACAGGCCUCCUACACCCUUCAGGGCUACAGCCUGGCCGGACACCAGCCCAUGCCUCAUCCUUACACAUCCAUGGGACAGCUUGCACAGCUGACGUCAACAUUUUCUCAGGGUCAUGUCCAAGGUGCUCUCUCGGGUCCUCACCACUCAGGUGGUCAUGGCCCACCACCAGUGAUGCUGCUUCAUGGUCCUCCACCUCAGCAGGGUUCUGGCCCCCAGCAUGGACCACAUCCAACCCAACAAGGACACCAGUCCUACACCUUCAUCACAUCACCUCAGUUGCAGGCCCACCCUUCACAGCAGCUUUCAUACCAUCCUCCUGGAAACUGACAGCCUGACCGGAACAGAGCCCAUCACCACAGUGUGACAAAUGAGCGCCCCCACAUGGACACGUGUGUGUGUGUGCGACCACACGCUCAUAUGUACAUACUCUAAACCUGUUCUAAGAAUGGAAAGAUUUUGUUUUUAUUCAUACCUCUGGCAAGACUGAAUGUGCUCAUUUUAUUUUUUUCUUUGUGUUCUUUUUAAUUUGAGUGGGCGGGGACACAUAGUGUUUAAAACAGACUGAGGGAAAGUGUGGGGAGAGGGACAAAACUCAAAUGGAAGGAACGAGGGACAUUUUUAUAAAUAAAAAAAUACAGUGACCUCUCCCUUUAUCCUCAACCCCCUUAUUAAAUAGGUAAAUAAUAAAUGGUUUAAAAAAAGAACAAAAAAAUAAAAAGCGUAUAAAAAUAAAUAAAUUUUUAAACUCUC